AUGGCCCCGGAGGUGGACGUGAGAGAAGAAGUGAUCGGAAUCGACCUAGGGACGACCAAUUCAUGCGUCGCCGUCGUUCGAAACGGCACGGCGGAGAUCAUAGCCAACGACCAAGGCCACCGAACCACACCUUCCUUCGUGGCCUUCUCUGCCGCCGAUUCCGAGCGCCUCAUCGGAGAAGCCGCCAAGAAGCAGGCGGCACUCAACCCUCGCCGGACUAUCUUCGACGCCAAGCGCCUGAUCGGUAAAAAGUUCAACGACCCAGAGGUUCAGAGGGACUUGAGGUACUUACCGUAUCUGGUGGUCAACAAAAACGGGAAGCCGUACGUGGAAAUAGAAUUAGCGAAAUCACGGUUCAGCCCGGAACAGAUCAGCGCCAUGAUAUUGGGGAAGAUGAAGGAAACUGCUGAAUCUUACCUGGGACAGCCAGUGAGCGGCGCGGUUGUUACGGUCCCGGCUUAUUUCAACGAUAGGCAGAGGCAGGCCACAAAGGACGCGGGCAGAAUAGCAAACCUAAACGUCCUCCGGAUCAUCAACGAGCCAACGGCAGCUGCCAUAGCUUAUGGUCUUAAUAGCCUACACCGGAAGAGUAAACAUACCAAGAGUAAGAUUCUGGUGUACGAUUUGGGCGGCGGGACGUUUGAUGUCAGUGUGCUGGAAGUAGAUGGCCAGGAUUUCCGUGUUUUGGCUACCGGCGGGGACGCUCAUCUCGGCGGCGGAGAUUUCGAUCAGAGAUUGAUGGAAUACUUCAUCAGAUUAAUCAAAAGAAAGUUCUGUAAGGAGGAUAUCAGUGAAGAUAAAAAAGCUCUAGGGAGGCUCCGCAAAGAAUGCGAGACAGCCAAAAGGGAUUUGAGCAAUCAAAGCCAGGUUCGGGUCGAGAUCGAGUCUCUGUUUCAGGGGGUGGAUCUCUCGGAGACUCUGACGCGGGCCAAGUUCAAUGAAUUGAAUUUGGAUCUGUUUAAGAAGACGCUGGAGGUGGUAGAGGCCACGCUGAAAGAUGCCAAGCUGGGGAAGAGCGAGAUCGAGGAGGUAGUACUGGUGGGAGGAAGCACUAGGAUUCCGAAGCUGAGGGAGAUGCUGAAAGAGAUGUUUGAUGGCAAGGAACCCUGCAAAGGGGUGAACCCUGAUGAAGCUGUGGCUUAUGGUGCUGCUGUCUUUGGAAGCAAACUCAGCGACCAUGGAGAUGGUGUUACCUUGGUUGAUGUCACUCCAUUGAGUUUGGGAAUUGAGGACGCUUAUGGUUUGAUGAAAGUAAUUAUCCCAAGAAACACCCCUGUUCCUACAAAAAUGUCAAUGGAAUUUUCCACCAAUGAAGAUCAGCAAACCUCAAUGAGUACCAAGGUGUUUCAAGGUGAAAGACCCCUGACCAAGGAUUGUAUCCACCUUGGAAAAUUUGUUCUGUCCGAUAUCACCCCAGCUCCAAGGGGAGUUACAAUAGUAGAGGAUACCUUGGAGAUCGACGAGGAUGGAAUACUUAAAGUGACGUCAAGGGAGAAGAUCCCAGGAGCAAAAUCUAAAUCCCUAACCAUCACCAGCUACAAAGGAAAUUUGACGCAGAAUCAGAUUAAGAGGAUGAUCAAAGAAGCAAAGGAGAUGGCAGAGCAAGACAAGAUAGCCAGGGCAUGUGUGGAUGCCAGGAUCGAGUUAGAGAGUUACAUCUAUGAUGCCAAGAACGCCUUUCUCACUGGUGAUGGGCUGGAGCAGGUGGGUGAUAAGAGGGGAAAGGUGGAGAUUAUCUGUUCCAUGAGAGCAGCUUCAGGUUGGUUGGAUGCGAACCAAGGCGCUACCAGAGAAGUUUACGAGAAGAAGCUGAACGAGCUGAGAGGGGUUUGGGAUCCCAUUCUAAUCACGGCCAAGAAGAUAUGA